AUGCUUGACUUUUACCUUGAUGAGGUGGAGGAUGUUGGCGUGGGAGAUGGUAAAUGGCAUGGUUCAGUUAGAGGCAUGGUUUGUGCACCACUGGACAAAGUUUGGGCCGUGGUUUGUCAAACUAAAAGACUCCCAGAGUGGAUGCCAAUGGUGGAAAGAUGCACUGGCUUGGCCGGAGUAGAAGAUGAGCUGGGCUAUGUCAGGCUCGUCUCUGGUUCUAUGUUCCCUCAACCAGAUGGAGAAAGGUCAUGGAUCAAGGAGAGGUUGGUUUCCCUGGACUCUUCAUCACAUAGCUAUGUUUACAGAAUGGAAGCAAGCAGUGUAGGUUUAGACGGAUCUGUAAAUUCCUUAAACCUAGCUGACUGUGGCUUUGGCUCUACUCUUGUUCACUGGUCAUUUGAGAAAAACCCCUUGAGAGAUGCGUGUGAGGAUAGCAUCAUAGAUUAUCUGGGAUUUCUCUAUAAAUCUUGCAUUAAUAGAAUUGAGGGCGCCACAGAAGCUGAAUCAAAAUAUGCUCCGCCAUCAUAA